GCCUGACGUUGAAAGGUAGGGUUUCCUUUUUCGGGGUUUUUAUUCGACGUCACGGAAAGUCAUACGUUUAAGCGGUCGCUUUAACUUCGUGAAACCCAGUGUAGUUGAAGCACCGCGAAGGUUAGGCCGGCGUGCUUCGGAGUUCUUCGCCUUUCGUUAGCCAUCACAAGGCCGCAACGUGGAAAUUGAAAUUUGAGUUUCGCCAAGAACGCUCCGUCGCGGGCGAAGUGAGAGAAGUUCGGUUCAUCAUGGCCGGGACUUCACUGAAGAGCAUAGCGAUACUCGUCCUUGUUAUUCUAUGCUUGUUAUGGCAGACUUCAGGCUUUAAAAGAGAACGACAACGUCAUGGAAAAUCUCGGCGAAAACCUAAUAUAAUCUUCAUCAUGACUGAUGAUCAGGACACUGAACUUGGCUCUAUGGAUGUUAUGAACAAGACACGGGAGAUUUUCAAAGGAGGUACACAGUUUGUGAAUGCAUUUGUGACUUCUCCGAUAUGUUGUCCUUCGAGAUCUUCGAUUCUUACCGGAAUGUAUGCACACAAUCACAACGUGCUGACCAACAACGUGAACUGCUCGUCUUUGAGCUGGAGAAGAGGUCCAGAGAAAAGAAACUUCGCAAGAUACGUUGCGGAAGCUGGUUAUCAGACAGGCUAUUUCGGUAAAUAUCUGAAUGCAUACGAUGGGAGCUACAUCCCCUAUGGCUGGCAUCGAUGGGCUGGUCUUAUCCGGAACUCUCGCUUCUACAACUACGUUCUACGACACAACACAUUCUACAAGAAACACCAAAAUAAUUACGAGAACGAUUACUUCACGAACGUCAUCACAGAUCAUGCCAUCUCUUUUUUCAAAAAUUCCAAAGCGCGAAAACCCGACCGACCGAUUAUGAUGGUUGUGAGUCACUCUGCGCCGCAUGGACCUGAGGACGGAGCGCCACAAUACCAGGAUCAUUUCCCCAAUGCGACGGCACCAAGGACUCCUAACUGGAAUUUUACUUCGCCUGACAAGCACUGGAUCGUUCGAGUAACGCCACCUAUGACGCAACAAAAGUCGGAUUUCUCUGACAUGCUCCAGCGCAAACGACUACAGACUCUACUCUCCGUGGACGACAAUAUUCAGCGUAUCUGGGAUAUGCUGAAAGAGACUGGAUAUGACCGGGAUACCUAUAUCUUUUUCUCUUCUGAUCACGGUUACCACUUGGGACAAUACGGCUUGGUCAAGGGCAAAUCCAUGCCGUACGAGUCCGACAUAAGGGUUCCUUUCUUCGUGCGUGGUCCUGGGAUUCCCACAGACUCCAAGAUGCACGAGAUGGUGUUGAAUAUUGACCUGGCCCCUACUUUCCUGGACAUUGCUGGUGUCAGGCCUCCAAAGACUAUGGAUGGUACAUCCAUUAUGAGACUCUUUAGACGCUCCAGGCCAGGAAAGUCAGAGAAGGCCCGACGUAGAAGAAAAGAUACUCAGCCCUGGCGCGACACAUUUCUGAUCGAGAGAGGGAAAAUCCGAAUCCAAAAAACUAAAACCCCGAGCCAGUUUAUCAUUCCCAAGUCAAGCUUGCACAAAGAUGUCGACGAGACGAAGCCGGGGCAACGGAUGAGCAAAGCUGCCGUACUUGAAAGGUUUUGUUCCGAACCAGCCAAUCAGCUACCGUGCAAACCCGACCAAAAAUGGCACUGCAUCAAGGUCAAUAACCUCCCGCGAUUGCGCAAGUGCAAAAAAGUCGGACAGACAUCCGGUUAUUAUGGGUCACCACCGACGACAAGUCCGGCCCGGGAAAUGUGUACUUGUUAUCGACCGCGUGUGACAAGUGUCGGACCGUAUGACAACAUAGAUGAUAUGCCAUACGGAGACGAUGCCACUCAAUAUCUUUACCUCAAUCAAGUUGAUAAAACCAGGCAUCGGAGAUCGAUACGUGAUCAACGCAAACCGCUGUCUCUCAAACAGCGCAGGCUCAUGCGGGAGCUAGCACGCAUGAUCAAACAACAAAAACGCCGCGAACGGAGCAAGAUGUUGUCACGUGGCAGUAGCUCAGUGCCGACCACGCCCCCCUUGCCGGUAGUCCUCGACUCCAAGCUGCAGAGACUGAAUAAGCGGAUUGCGGGAGUCAGGCAAAGGCUCGAGAGCUUGAGAGGGAGAAAAAGGAAGCUACAGAGAAUGAGAGAAGAGCAAGAGACUGUGAGACAUUUUAAAGAAAGAUACGAAGAGUUCCCUUGUCCAUGCCCGGAACCUUCCGCGAGAUCACGACCUAAACGUAGCCAGAAGCGGCGGGGGCAAAAGAUUUGGCGCCUGCGUGCUGGCGUCUUACAAGCCGCCGAGAUGAAAAAGAAACGACAGAAGGCUCAGAGUUUGGCGGAAAGAAAGAAGAUCAAGAAGGAAAAGAAGAAGUCUAACCCGCGACGAUCCAAAUGUUCUGUUCCAGGGCUCAGUUGCUUCUAUCAGACGAAUUAUCACUGGAAAGUGCCUCCUCUUUGGACUGGAGGGGAGUUCUGUUUUUGUCCGAGCUCAAAUAACAAUACGUAUUGGUGCCUUCGGACCAUCAAUGCAACACACAACUUCCUGUACUGCGAGUUCAUUACACAGUUCUUGGAAUACUUUGAUCUUACUCUGGACCCAUAUCAGCUCUAUAACAUUGUGGACCGCAUUAGUCCCAUCAUGCUCUACGAUCUUCACAACCAGCUCGAGGAAAUGCGCAAGUGCAAAGGGGCAGAGAGCUGCACACACUACCACGGGAAGCCGCGGAGCUCCUCAGCCAGCGUGCAGGCUCCGCUCCUCGGAGCUACCCCAUCGGUGGAACCCACCGAGCAGUCACGUGUUGUUGAGACAACAACUGCACUAUUUACUAAUGACAUGACUACAGAAGCGACUCAGGAACCAACUGACGCCUUAACGACUGUUCCAUUAUAUGAGGCGACACCGACUGUCGCGAAUAUGGAGAAAAAUGAACAUGAUGGGAACAGUAGUGACUAUGGAAAUUCCGAAGUGACAGAACAAGAACACGACGAAGAUGCAAGUAGCGAAGAAAAUGAUGAUAAACCAACAAGAAAAACAAAACUCGACAAAGCGCAAAGGAAACUAAAUAAGCGUUUGAGGCAAAAAAAGAAGAAUAAGAAUGUUGCUAAUGGCGAGGAAAAUGAACGAAAGGUAAAGGGCGAUAACAAAGGUUUAAAGAAGUUGAAAAAGAAGAGGAAGGGAGGGAAAAAUCAAAAGAUGCCAAACGAGGAUGCAGACUCUAAGAACAUUGCGUCGAAUAGUCUAACUAAACAGUUGGAGCCAUGAUCCGUUAUUCCCUUUAGGCUGGUUCUAUCUUCCGAUCUCCCACAUCGGAUGAGAAACAAGCGUGGUUUAGAUAUAUAACGACGGGAACAGAACACAACGUUGACAAAAUUCAACAUGCAUGCUCGAUGGAACGUGCGUCUUGCUGCCAGCGUCAUUGAACUUAAAUCAUCGUUCCAAUCUAUUUGCAUACGAUCGGGAGAUUAUAUGAAAAAACGCUUGAAAUUUUACGAUGUGACGCGCGCUACCAUGGCCACCUUGAAAAUAGCCAAUAAGGAUGCUAGAAACGUGCUAUCUUAUUGGUAUUUCGCUAGCCAAUGAGCGUGUCAAAGAAAUAAUUAAGCGGCACAUUAAAGUGCGGCGAAGUUGUCAAUCAAAACAGGCUCAUUAACCCACUUUCUUGAAACUUCAUCUUAGUGGCCACGGUAGCGCACGGUGGCGAUCGGGGCGAUGAUAUGAGAAACAGCAUUUAGUAAGCAACUGGUGAUGUGUAUUAUGCGUUACUAUGGGGUAGUGGGUGCGUCUAUAAUUCGUUUGUGAGCAAUGUUAUUUUUACUCUACCCCUUUUCAGCCUCGCUUUCAAGCAGGGCCCCAUGUAAUGGAAUCUUAGAAGUUGAGCAAUGUCAUUCUCCAAAGCACAGUUUGUACCAUGGUUCCGGCUCAGUUUUAUGCAGAGCUUAAUUCUUUAUUAUGAAUGGGAUUGGGAGUCCUCAGAGGGUUUUUUUUUCGUGUUGCAGUUAUAAGCCUAUGAUUGAUUUUGUUCGUUCUUCGUUCAUGUACAUCUGUAGCCUGGGGGCGGGGGCAUUUAACAAAAAGUAGUCAAUCCAUUGUACGUAAAAAGUUAUGCCAAUACGAAACAAAUUUGCACAAAGUAGGAAGAUUUUGAUAUAUCUUGGUAGUUUUUUUUAUAGCACAGACAUUGAAUAAAAACAUACUAAGAGCCUAUCCAAAUUGGAGCGCGGGUACAUCUCUUGAUUUAAAUAAUAUCUGUGUCAGCAUUCAGUUCAGUUCUUUUUGGCGAGCGUGGCGUAAGAGGGGUAAGUUAUUCCUUGAAUUCCACAAUACCGAGCACAUGUUUACUUACUGGGAAUAAAAAGCACUUAGUUCUUGUA